CUCGCACUUCACAGACUAUGUUCAGCCCGUGGCAGCCUCAAUCGUCACCGUGAAGGGCAGUCCUCCCAUGUUUGGCACUCUGGUCUCGACCGGCCUUGAUCGGGAACCCCUGGAGUUCAUCGAGAAUCCAGAUCCUGUCGCUGCUGUUAGCCGUAACGUCCAAGACACUAUACGCAUUGCUUGCAUUCACUGUCGAUCCCGAAAAGUACGGCUGUUCCAACUCCCUGGCCCGUACCUGCAACCAUGGGUUGAUAAUGGUCUUCCUCUCCAGUCUAUCGUGAUGUUACACCCUAACAAGAUGAGAUGUGAAGCGAUGGCACUCGAUUGUGUUUAUCCCGAAAGUCAGGGGCGAACCAAGCGACAGGAUACUGGCAAAAGCUCGCGGACACCCGUUCGGCGUAACGACCGCACGCCCACACGGAAUGUGUUCGAUAAAGCAGAACUUCGCACCGGGGCCAACCAGGAAAAAUUUAGCCAAGAUCUAAUAUUGGACGAUUUAGAUGCGAAUAAUUUCGACGAUGGCUGUAUCGACGAGUCUCUGUUUAUGCCAUGGAUCAUGGAUACUCCCAUACAGCAGAGCUCACCUGGCAGAUCAAGAUCGAGCAGCGGUGGCAUUCCAAGACCCGCUGUUGACCUCGCAGUAAGCACGCCUCCUUUUUCACCCACUUCACCCAGGAGACGUAGUACCAUGGCGGCGCGGGACCAGCUUCCAGGGAUAUCGACGACAGACACCUCGUUGCCGUUGCUGCUCGGUCCAGCAAAUACCACAACCACAGGCGAUUCCGAAUGUUGGCAAGGUGUUGACCUGGGACAAGACAACAUUGUUUGGGCGACGGCCACCGAUAAUCAUGAUAUGACAUGCGCGAGUUCAGAUCCGCCGCUGCUUGAGCCCCCGGGCAAGACACAUACAGAGUCUGACAAUUGCUGUCUGCUCAACUCCGUUUCUUUCCUGGAAAAGCUGACUUGCAAAGAUACUUUGCGCGAGGACCGCCUCGACCUACUCCUCGCCGACCUUCGCAAUUCCAUCGAAACACUGGCUGUUUUAAUUUCGUGUGACAGAUGUGCUUCUCGAGUAGAGCAAAACAUGCUGCUUGCCAUGGCAGCCCGACAGAUCGGCGGCAUUUGCGGUAGGAUGGCGAAUUGCUGCAAGGCAAUGUGUCAACGUAGUCUGAGCGACACAAACUCAGCGCAGCAGGGGCGCGAGCCUUCUCCAGACAUUUCUGUUGCCACGUAUCGCGUCAAUCGACGUGAGAGGCUACACCUGCUCGGGAGUCUUGUGGCUUUUCAGAUUAUGGAUUUCCAGAGACAGAUCAACACAAUCAAGUCUCGUUAUCGCAAUCGGCCAAAUAAAGGGCAAAUAGAGGCCCUGAAUGAGGCAGAGAACCAUGUCAAGUUAGCUCAGGUUUCUCUCAGCAGUAGUUCAUGACACGGUUAGGUAGCAAUGAUAGAUGACGAUUCCUAGCAAAAUACGUUAUCCUUAUGCAGUCUUUGGGCCCGCCACGGCAUAUGUAACCCUCUAGUGACUGUAUCCCGCAGUGUUUCCUUCUCUCGUGCAGGGGGGUGGGAAGUCGAGAUUGAUGGCGAAGAAUAUAUAUAUCUUAGACAUGACAAUGCUAGUCCACUCUGAAAAAAAUCAAGAUGUCGUUUUUGAAGCCCAGGAACGCUCGGUUCCCAAACAGAUCGGGC